AACCUGUAAUGGACUCUGAUCAGCUCUACAACAUCUUUAAAACAAUACUACAGCACUGCAAGACUCAUGCUAGUGCUUGGCCUUUCCUGAAACCAGUGGAGAAAGCUGAAGCCCCUGAUUAUUAUGAUUACAUCAAGUUUCCUAUGGAUCUUAGAACAAUGGGAGAUCGUUUAAAGAACAGAUACUAUGUUCACGAGAAAUUAUUCAUGGCCGACAUGAUGAGAAUCUUCACAAAUUGUCGUUCUUAUAACAAACCUGAUACAGAGUAUUAUAAAUGUGCCAACACCAUGGAACGAUUCUUCAACAAUAAACUCAAAGAAUUUUCUCUGAUUGACAGAUGAUGGAUCAUAAGGUUUCCUUUAAAAUCUGUUGUGGUUUAAGCUGUUGGUGUUAGGUAAUUUCAAAGGUCGUCAAGCUUGAAAUUGGACUAGACUUAAAAUAAGUCAACUUGAGAAUAAUCACGAUUUCAAAUAGAAAAAUGUUCUUAACUCAAUCUAUAAUCUAUGUUAAAUUGAACAUACAGGACAGUAAUUUCAUUAAAGUUUUACUUAAAGUCAUAUUUAAGUUAUUUGUUUUAGAUAAAAAAUAUUUUGAACCUUUAUCAAAAAAGAUACAUGUAUGAAAAUGUCUCUUGACUUUGAAAUGUGUUAAGUUUGAUGGAGGAUGCAAGUUUUACAAAUUUAAUCUAUUAAGAGAUGAAAGUUUAAGUUUGAUAACACUGACGUUAUUUACUGACUGAUGCUUUAGACCUCUGAUUUUAGUCAAAUAUUAAUUAAUGGUUGAUGAUUCAAGCUGUAACUUCAGAAGUGUUGAAGUUGAGAAGAAAAGUGGAAGAGAUUGAAAUUGAGACAGUCGAGUGUGAAAAAUAUAUGCACACGUUUGCAGAAAAAGAAAAGGAGGGACAAACGUAUGAAGGGUAUUUAUAUGGGUACUUCUAAAUGCUGUAAAAGUGAUUGUUAUUACAAUGUAUAUUCAGUAGUCGAAGAAACAGAAAAAGAAUGCGUAGGGUUUAUCUAAUAAGACACUUUUCUUCACAACAUAAAGUUUGGUGAUAAAAGUGUAAAAUGGAAGUGUACUGUUUCCUUUGUUAAAGUUUAUUAUUCAUGACUUUUACAAGAUGUUAUGUAUUUUCAAUAUAAUUUGAACUAUGAUAUUAAUGUAAAUAUAUUUAUAUUUUAUCAUUUUAAUUAUAUUUUUGAAAGUUUGUCUCUGAAAGAAAAGCAAAAAUAUAUACAUUUAAUGUAGAGAGGAAAGCAGGAAAUAUUUUUGUUAUAAAUAUUGUACUGAUAUCAAGGUAAAUUGAUUAAUAGUGAAUUAAACAAAAUGACAAAAUGCUAGUU